CCCUUCCCCCCCCCCCCCCCCCCCCCCCCUUAUCCCGCUACACAACAGUCGGCAGCGUUGCCAUUCCGCUCUCCGCCUCCCAGCCCACAGUCGGUACAUAUAACCCCGGCCGCCACCACCCAAUUGAAUUCCACUUCGUCAACGUUGCUAGAGGUCGAGAAAUUCCGCACACGUGGGAACAUUUGCUGAGCAAGCUGACGUACGUACUAUAUUGUCCUGUCCUAGUAUCCCGUCGCAGCAUUGCCCUGCCUGCCGCUCACUGGCGCUCUCCAAGUUCUCCACUGACUCCUCUUCCUUUAUGCUACAUAGCCAAUUGAACGUCUCUACCACCA